GCGGCACACAAUUAGCAGCUGUUUUGAUAAUAGUCGCUAUCUGAUGGAUUUCCAGCAGUUUUAAUAGUAAACACGGGAAGAGCAGCUAUUUGAUUUGAUUUUGCCACAAAUUUAAAAAAAAAACGCUGCUAACCUAAUUUUUUUGGGUGAUAUUUUAAUUCCCCUUUCCUAAAAACACAACACUCAGCACUCAGCAGCUUCAACAAAUAAAAAAAGAAAGAAAGAAAUGUUAAGAGAAGAGAGGGAGAAACGGAGAAGGAGAGGAAAGGGAGGAAGGAGCCGGGCCGGCGCUGCUGAGUUCGCCGCCGCCGUCGCGUUGCCGUGCCGUCGGAAAGCCAGAACUGCAAGAGAAAGAACUGCGAAGAGAGAGGGAGACCGCAUCAGCUCACCACGAAGCCAGCGCCGUCGUCGUCCUCAUCGCGGGUCUACACCGUCGCGUCUUGCCACCGCCGCCACCACUAAGCUUGCCGUCGUCGCCAUUGAAGCCGAAGAGAGAGAGUGCGUUCGAGAAGAGAGGGAGAGCGCGCGCUCACGAAGGAGAAGAACGACGAAAAGGGAAGGAGAAGCAGAAGACGAUGAACCCAGGGGAGAAGGAGGAGGUCUGUUCUCGCACCGUCCUGCUCUGCACCCAGAUCUCACUUCGCGUAGUCAUGGUCUUCCCCGCAGUCACAGUCGCAAUCGCCGUCUACGCAGUUUGUAGCUGCCAUCAUCCUCCGCGCAGUUCCCACCUGCUCACGGAGUAUUAUGGGAGUGGAGAGACAAAGAAAGUGUCAUGGAGAGAAUCACAACUCAAAGGGUUGCGUCGUUUCCUCAUUGAAAAAGAAGAAGAUAUUUUGAAGGCCUUAAUGCUCGACUUAGGAAAGCAUCAAGUUGAAGCUUUUAAAGAUGAGAUAGGAACUUUGAUGAAGUCCUUGAAUUUUGCAUUGAGUAACUUAAAAUAUUGGAUAUCAGGCAAAAAGGCUAAAUUGCCACAAAUAGCACUGCUUAGUAGUGCAGAAAUUGUUCCUGAACCUCUGGGCCUAGUCCUCAUUAUUUCAUCUUGGAAUUUCCCCUUUGGUUUAUCCUUGGAGCCACUAAUAGGAGCAGUAGCAGCUGGAAACACAGUGGUCUUAAAGCCUUCAGAGUUGUCACCAGCAUGUUCUUCCAUACUUGCCCUUGGACUUCCCAAUUUCUUGGACCUCCCAAUCAUAAGGAAGCAAUCUUCAGAGUUAUAGCUGCUAUUCUUCAUCUUGGAAACAUUAACUUUGCAAAAUCAGAGGAAGAAACUGAUUCAUCAGUUCUAGAAAAUGAAGAGUCCAAGUUGCAUCUCCAAAUAACCGCAGAACUUCUCAUGUGCGAUCCUAGUGCUUUGGAAGAUGUACUUUGUAAGCGUGUGAUGAUUACCCCAGAGGAAGUUAUUAAAAGAAGUCUUGAUCCUCUUGGUGCAACGGUUAGCAGGGAUGGUUUAGCCAAAACACUAUAUUCUUGUUUAUUUGACUGGUACUAUGUUAAUGUCAAGUGUAAAAUUAUGAAUUUAAAAUAUGAAAAAUGUGUCCUAUCCUAUGUUUAUUGCACUUAUGUUAUUUGAAUCUGAAUAAUUUUUUAUCUGUUCUAUUGUUAUGUGCAGGUUAGUCCAAAAAAUCAAUGUCUCAAUUGGGCAAGACCCAGAGUCAAAAUGUCUCAUUGGUGUUCUUGACAUAUAUGGCUUUGAAAGCUUUAAGAAUAACAGUUUUGAGCAGUUUUGUAUUAAUUUCACAAAUGAAAAGCUGCAGCAACAUUUCAACCAGCAUGUGUUUAAGAUGGAACAAGAGAGAUAUACAAAAGAAGGGAUUGACUGGAACUACUUAGAAUUUGUG